GCCCGGGGCCGGGGGCCCAACAAAAGCCCGGGCCGCCGGGGUCCCCCAGAGGCGCAGUGACCGAGCGGCGCCGGGACUCUGAAGUCGCCCCUGAGGACUGAGCAGCGGCCUCCCGUCCGGGGAGACCCCCGCGAGCCCCUGCCGCAGGCAGACCCCGCGUCCCGAGCCCCCCGGCCGCCGCCAGCCAAGCCCCCGGGAUGCGCGCUGCGCGCAUCGUGCUCCGCGGCGCGUCCGGCUCCUCGGCCGCCGCCGCGUCCGUGGCCCCGGUCCCGCGCACGGUGGAGCGCUUCUCCCGCUACAGCCCGUCCCCGCUGUCCAUGAAGCAGCUGCUGGACUUCGGCUCCGACAACGCCUGUGAGAGGACGUCCUUCGCCUUCCUGAGGCAGGAGCUGCCCGUGAGGCUGGCCAACAUCCUGAAAGAGAUCGACAUCCUCCCGGACCGCCUGGUGAAGACCUCCUCCGUGCAGCUGGUGAGGAGCUGGUACAUCCAGAGCCUCAUGGACUUGGUGGAGUUCCACGAGAAGAGCCCGGAGGAUCACAAGGCUCUGUCUGACUUUGUAGAUGCGCUGAUCAAGGUCCGGAACCGGCACCACGACGUGGUUCCCACCAUGGCCCAGGGCAUCAUCGAGUACAAGGACUCGGGCGCUGUCGACCCGGUCACCAACCAGAACCUGCAGUACUUCCUGGACAGGUUCUACAUGAACCGCAUCUCCACCCGAAUGCUCAUGAACCAGCACAUUCUCAUAUUUAGCGAUUCGAAGACGGGAAACCCCACGCACAUCGGAAGCAUCGACCCCCAGUGUGAUGUGGUUGCUGUGGUCCAAGAUGCCUACGAGAGUGCCCGCAUGCUCUGUGACCAGUAUUACCUCGUUUCUCCUGAACUGAAGCUAACCCAAGUGAACGGAAAGGUACCUGACCAGCCCAUUCAUAUCGUCUAUGUCCCCUCACACCUUCACCACAUGCUGUUUGAGCUCUUUAAGAAUGCCAUGAGGGCCACGGUGGAGCACCAGGAAAGCCAGCCCUCGCUCACGCCCAUUGAGGUCACUGUUGUUCUGGGAAACGAAGAUCUGACCAUCAAGAUUUCAGACCGAGGGGGCGGGGUUCCACUGAGGAUCAUCGACCGUCUCUUCAGCUACACCUACACGACGGCCCCCACCCCCGUGAUGGAUAACUCCAGGAAUGCUCCUUUGGCUGGUUUUGGGUACGGCUUGCCGAUUUCCCGUCUCUACGCCAAGUACUUUCAAGGGGACCUGAAUCUCUAUUCGUUGUCGGGUUACGGAACGGACGCAAUCAUCUACUUAAAGGCCCUGUCUUCCGAGUCCAUAGAAAAGCUGCCUGUGUUCAACAAGUCGGCCUUCAAACAUUACCAGGCCGGCCCGGAGGCAGGGGACUGGUGCACCCCGAGCAAGGAGCCCAGGAAUCUCGCCAAGGAGAAGGUGGCCAUGUGAGCCAGGCCCAAGCUACGGUGCUUUGGAGAACAUGGGGCCUGCAGACUUGGGUGGGAACGGAAAGCGAGGCCGUCUGGGUCCGAAUCCUGGUCCAAAGGGACAGGGACAUGUGUGUGUGAGUGCCCUGUGGACCGACUGCAUGCGAGUUCUUGGGAGGACCUGGCGGGCAGCUCCCGAGGGCCAGCCCAGGGCAGGCAGAGAGGCUGCCCCCUUCCUCCCUGCACCCCGAGAGGAGAGGGACCUGGGAGGCCCCGGAGCCUCCACUCAGCCCCACAGUCUGCCCUGAUGUGGUGCCGAUUGUUUGAGAAGCAGGAGUGCAUAGGGUUUUGCUGUGGACCGUCCUGUGCCAGACCAUCCCAUGCCAACCGGACUGUUUCAUGCUGGCUGGACUGUCCCGUGCCCACUGGACUGUCCUGUGCCCACUGGACUGUUCUAUGCCAGCCAGACCACCCCGUGCCAGCUGGACCAUCCCAUGCCAGCCAGACCGUCCCAUGGUAGCCAGACCGUCCCAUGGUAGCCAGACAUCCCAUGGAAGCCGGACUGUCCCAUGCCCACUGGACUGUCCCAUGCCCACUGGACUGUUCCAUGCCAGCCGGACCAUCCCAUGCCAGCCAGACCAUUCCAUGCCAGCCCGACUGUUCCAUGCCCACUGGACUGUUCUAUGCCAGCCAGACCAUCCUGUGCCAGCCGGACCAUCCCGUGCCAGCCAGACUGUCCCGUGCUGGCCAGACUGUCCCAUGCCCACUGGACUGUCCCAUGCCAGCUGUCCCCUUGUUUGCCGGCUGUCAGAAAGGCACAAGUCAGGAGCCCCUCCUUGGAAACGGCCAUGUGUGCUUUAGCCUGGUAUUGAUAAACCCCAGAACAAGGGUAGGCAGCCUAUGACCAAGGCCUCUGUCCCUUAGUGGGUGGGGUUCCUCCCCCAGCCAGUUAUCUUCAGCCUCCGGGCUCUGGGGCCUGGGUGGGCUUGUGCCUUAACUGUGGAGGAUGCCUGCCCAAGGGGGCGGGGUGGGCGCAGGAAGGUCACUCUAUGUGGGAGGAGGGCAGAGCCGUCUACCCCUGCCGCAGGGUGGCCCCCAGCUGUCCGUGGCCAAUGGGAGAAGGCUCAGGAUGGGAUAGAGUCGGCCCCCGAGACGGUUU